GUACAACACUUCACGGAUGUCAGCUGCCGUUACACAUCGAAGAAGAAGAAGAAGAAGAAGAAGAAAGCGAGCCACCGUAGUGUUUGUCGGGAACCGCUGCGUUUAUUAGCUUGUUAAUUUGAGUUUCCAGCUAACGACACGUCGGGUCUCAGAAAGCGUGUCCCGCAUCCUUUGAUUGAGUUGGAAGUAAACCAUUAAACCCCCGUUGAGUUAAUAGAAAGCCACGCAUUUGAAAAGCGAAACAGCGUUAGCACCUCCGUUAAAGGUAAACCGGUUAAGCCCGGCUAACGUUAAUUAGCUAGUAGCUACUAGUUUGAUUCCUCCUAACGGGGUCGACGGGAUGUCGUACAGGAAAACUUUGAAACUCAUUUGCGGGGUCGCCGGAGGCUCGGCCGUCCUGGUGUUAGCCGCCGGUGCGGCCGCCGAGUACCGCGGAUCAAUCGGCGAGCCGCCGGGAGAGGCGGCCGGUCGACGGGCGAUAUUCGGGGUGCUCCAGGCGGCGCAGCCGGCGUGGACGCCCGCCAGCCACACACCGGCACCCACGGGACACGCGUGGGACUUUAACUGGGAUAAGAGAGACCCACAUACGCUGACUAACGGGAAGAAGACCAGCACGCCGGCGACAGAAGACCCGAGCUCGGAGCCGGACACCAGUAAACCCAAAGCCACGCGCAACAUCCUCCUCAUCAGACACUCCCAGUACAACCUGAGCGGCACCGUCGACAAAGAGAGGAUCCUCACGCCGUUGGGCCGCGAGCAGGCCGACUUCACGGGCAAGCGGCUGGCGGCGUUGGGCCUCAAGUACGACAUCAUGAUCCACUCCAGCAUGGCCAGGGCUACGGAGACGGCCAAUAUUAUCAGCAAACACCUCGCAGGUCCAGGAGUGGAGCUUGUUAGCUGUGAUCUUCUGAGGGAGGGGGCCCCUAUCGAGCCCGUUCCACCGGUCACUCACUGGAAGCCCGACGCUGUGCAGUACCACGAAGACGGGGCGCGCAUUGAAGCAGCCUUCCGCCGCUACAUUCACCGGGCCGACCCCAAGCAGAAGGAGGACAGCUACGAGAUCAUCGUGUGUCAUGCCAAUGUCAUCCGUUAUUUCGUCUGCAGGGCUCUACAGUUUCCUCCAGAGGGCUGGUUACGAAUGGGCCUGAACAACGGCAGCAUCACAUGGCUCACCAUCCGACCCAGCGGCAGGGUGGCCCUCAGAACUCUGGGAGACGCAGGAUUUAUGCCCCCGGACAAACUAACGCGGACCUGACGCCCCCCCCCCCGGCAGGUUACUGCCAUGCCCAGUCCGUUGGUUGCAGGGUCAAAGCUCAGUUUUCUCCUUAAGUGUCUUGAAAAUUACUUUUAAUGUUCUUAUUUUGUAAUUGAACUGUCCCCAUCUGAUGAGACGGUGGCUGGGAUUUCUUCUGUGCCAUAAAACGCCAGCAGAAGAUCAACAGCUGCUCCUGAAUGUAAACUGAGGAUUUUUUCAUAUGUGGCAGUUUUUUAAACCAAAAGUGUUUGUAUAGUUGUAAUUGCAAAUCCUGCUCUUAGCAUUACAUCUCUCAUCACAUGUUGAUUUGUGAAGAUAACUAUGUUGUAUGGUGCAGGCUGUAGUUAAUAAAAUGAUUAAUUGUCAAUUAUUUUAUGAAGUUGAAAUAUCUCAAAGAAAUCAAGUACACGUUAGCAAUUGUGAGUGUUUUAUUGAUUAGUUGAAAGCAAAUGAGGUCUAGACAUUCAGAAAGAGAAUUUACCAUGAAAAUGAACUUUUAAUAAAGCACAGAAUGC